AUGGCCGGAAUUCAGGACUCAAUGCCAACCCUCUGGCACUUCAAGAUCCGGGAGCCCGAGAUUGAACCUGACGAUGAUUUAAAAGAUGAUAUACGCUACAGCCUCAAAAAACUAUCCAAGCUGGUUGAGUUAGACACCUUUGAGGCAAACAUCGAGAACGGCCGGGCUGUGGUAAAGGUAGUCCGUCUGCAAAAAUCCGAGAUUGCCAUCCAGCAGAGUAACACACUCGAAGAUGGUAUCAAACAGCUGUGCGAAGCCAUGGUUGAUGGUGAUUCAAAAAACAGGCGACAAAUGGAAUUACUUAGCAAACGAUCCUUUCUAGGAAUUGAGCCUGCGUCCAGCGUAUUCCGAACAUACUGGACCGCGUCGUUCUUCAACGCAAUCCUGGCACAAGGCUCUGAGCUCAUCGACCAGGCUCCCUUCCGCGAUUUAGGCCAAGACAAACCGUACCUCGCUCCUGUUGCGCUUGUCUUUACGGUUGCUGCCCUCGGAGGCAUUUUUGACGUCUUUCGAAUGUUCCAACAACUUUACAACAAGCCCCCCACUAGUGUUGAAGAAGUGCAGCGCACUAUAAAGGAGUCAAUACCCACCGUAGAAUCUUGGCUGAACUGGCUUUCUGAGUCAGAGGCGAGCGAGAACGAAAUCGAAGCGGGAACACAGUACAAGCAGAAGCUGGAAGAGAGAAGAAGACGCUAUAAGAAGGAUCUGAAACAGUUCACUGAUACUUUUGAUAUCUUCCUCGAGAACUACAAAAAUAUUCCAGCACCUUUAACCAACGAUGGAGCAGUAGACCUCCGUUGCGAUGUCUGGACGUACACUGCCUGUAGUGAUCUCUGCGACAUGAUGACCUUGGCUUCCCCGCUCCUCAGGAACAACAAGAUGCUCGUUGAAGCCAGGAAACAGGAGCUAACACAAGCAGUCCAAUCGGGAAUCUUCAGUGCUGUGUCUGCUUCCAUGGUGUGCUUGAAUGGGGCUUCAGUGGCUGCUGUUGAUACUGCCGCCGCAUCUGCAACUGCUGUCUCCGUCACAGGGUCUCCUCUUGCCCCUAUUUUCUUCAUAGGAGUCACAUCUAUCUUCUCGGCUUUGGUCGCCCUUAACUCUUUCAAUAAGAGUCAAGAGCUCGACGCGGAUUGCAAAAGGCUUAAAGACGUUUUUGAGGCGAUCGUUUCUUCUGCGACAGGAGCUCUGAACGUGACUAUCUUAGCGCGGAAACUUCAACAUGGCAGGACCAAAUUAUCGUCCCCCUUGACAGACAAAGACUCGCAAGAUCGAUGGGAGCAGGCCAUGAUCGGAUUCGACCGUAUGUCACUGGAGAAGAAUGAAGGAUGUUCGGAGUUUGAGCUACUGAUGAUGUAUGUCAAUGACGGGGCGAUUGCGCUGCAGAAGCAACGCGAAAAACUCAUCGUCUAA